GCCAUGUGGAUUAACCUUACCUUCUUGGCUUUGCUUUGCGGAUUUUUCUGUUCAACAAACGUUUAUGGACGUGUUGCGAAACCAAACAUAUCUGUAAAACGUCUUACAAAGAUAGGAGGAUUCAGAAUUAAUCAGGAAUUGUGCCUUUUCACACCUAGUUACGGAACAUGCAAAAAGUUCAUCAGGGUUUUUGGCUACAACCUUAUGACCAAUAGAUGCACCGAAUACCUCUAUAGCGGUUGCGGUGGGAAUCCAAAUCGGUUUGCCACUGAUAGCCAGUGUCGGAACGCGUGUUUUGUUGUUCCAAAGAGGAUUACCGUUUCCGAACCAGACUAUUACGCAGAUGAAGAAGUCACAGAACCAAUUAGAAAAAAAGGAUAGACCUUGGUUUUUAUAUCUAAAAAAUUUCUAAUAUAUCAUUUGCUUCAUAUCUGUUGUCUUUAUUGUAGUUAACUUAAAAAUAACUUAUAAGUAUAAGUAUUAUACGUUCUAUUAAAUGAAAUGAUUUGAUUUGUUAAAAUUGGCUUGAUGUUGACCUAGCUUUCUGAAAAUUAAACACAACUUGCAACAGUUUUUAGCAGCA